AUGCGCCUGCUCAAGACCGACACAAUUGAGCUUGAAACGUUCGAAUACGGCGAUGUGCCGCCGUACGCUAUCCUGUCACAUAGAUGGGGUAAAGACGAGCUCACCUAUCAAGACUUGGAAACUGGUGCAGCGGCGAAAGAGAGGAAAGAAGGCUUCACAAAAGUGAGGCAAUGCUGCGCCAAAGCCAAAGCUGACGGAUUUGACUAUGCGUGGAUCGAUAGCUGCUGUAUUAACAAGAAAAGCAGUUCGGAGUUGUCAGAGGCUAUCAACUCCAUGUUUAAUUGGUACCAUCAAGCCGAGAGAUGCUAUGCCCAUCUUGCGGAUGUUCCAUCAAAAUCUACUUUUGUAGAAAGCGAAUGGUUUACAAGAGGCUGGACCCUGCAAGAGCUGCUCGCCCCUUCAGAUCUUCAAUUUGUAGAUGAGAACUGGGCAUACAUUGGUACUAAAAUAACCCGGCAACAAGAUAUAUCCGACUGCACGGGCAUACCUGUCAAUAUCCUCUGCGGCGAUGAUGAUCUUGACACAGCCAGUAUUGCGCAAAGAAUGGCAUGGGCUUCAAAGAGAAAAACGCAACGACUUGAAGAUCGUGCUUAUUGUUUAAUGGGAAUAUUCGGCAUUUACAUGCCAUUAAUUUAUGGAGAAGGCGAACAAGCGUUUUUGAGACUACAAGAGGAGAUUAUGAGGAUAUCACACGAUGACAGUCUCUUUGCGUGGAAGUCCUCUGAUUCUCGUGGCGGAGUGCUGGCUACCUCCCCAGACGCUUUUAGAGAAUCUGGAGAUAUCGUCCAGUUCAACCCCUUCAACGAUUACAAUACUGCUUUAACAAUAAAUAGUAGAGGAAUACACUUAAAAACUCGCUUUAUCGGAAUAGGUCCUCAGAGAUUGGGCCUCGCGAUUCUUCACUGCAAAAGAAAGAGUGAGGAUAAACCGGUCGCCAUUUAUGCGAGAGAUUUGCUUGGCACAAUGGAGACAUUUGAGAGGGUCAUGAGUGAUAAAAUCGAGUGUUUUGAUCGGAAAAAAUACAGGCACUCACAAUAUCCGAUGAGAACGAUGUGUAUACAGACCGGGAGAACAACACCUGUGCUGAAGUCGAGUAAUUCGAAGAAGCGGAAACGUGACGACAAUACGCCAUACGAGAUUUACGACAAUUACACGUUACAAAGUUUGAUGCAAUUUGACCGCGCAGAAGCCGUGUCAAAAGCAGCAAAGUCAGCAUCACAGGACGAUAUGUGGCUGCUGCUCACGCGAGACAAUGUCGACGUGAAUUGGGGCGAUGACUAUGACUGGACGCCAUUGCAUCACGCAGUGAGCAGGUGUAAACAGGCAACGGUGAAGAUGCUGCUGGCUCGGGGUGCCAAUAUCAACCCUGUAAAUGCCGUUGGCGAGACACCGAUAUGUUUGGCCGCCAAGGAUGGACAUGAAGACAUUUUCAAGCUGUUGAGAGAUGCGGGUGCGCUGAUUAACCCAACAGAGCCAGAACACAAGAUGCCACUAUCGUUUGCCAUCAAGGGUAGGCACAAGAAUAUCGUCAAACUGCUGCUGGAAAAUGGAGCCAAAAUCGAUGAAGAAGAUGGAAGCAUUGGUAGAACGCCUCUAUCGCUGGCCGCUUCUAACACAGACCAAAGCAUUCUCAGGUUAAUAUUAGAGUACAAGGCCGAGGUACAUGCAAAUGACUAUAAAAUUACCGAAUCACCGUUCUUAUCCGCCAUAAUGGGCGGGAAUACGGAUUACGUCAAAUCUUGCUUGAAGCAGCAACUUAGGCUUUACCAAGGAGCCUUCAAUUACUACACCGUAACGCCGCUAUCAUUAGCUGUUUUGAGUGGACAUGGAGAUAUCGUCAGGUUGUUGCUCGAAAAUGGAGCCCAAGCCGGCGAGGUGUUUUACGGCCUAUCUCUGCUAUCAGUGGCGAUUGCGAAGGGAUAUUAUGAUAUUGUCGAGCUACUAUUGAAAAAUGGAGUCUAUGCCCUCACAACAAAUGGUGGCAGUGACAAAGGACCAUUAUCACUGGCCAUCUUGAAUGGGCAUCGGGAUAUCAUUAAGCUAUUGCUCAAAUAUAGAGCCAAGGCUAAUAGAAUCGAAGAAGACGGCGAAACGCCACUGUCCUUGGCCGUUCUCCAAAGGCAGGAAGACAUUGUUACGCUACUACUUGAAAGCGGCCCUGAAGUUGAUUUGAAAAACGGAUAUGGCUUUACACCGUUACAAAUGGCCGCUUUGGAUGGAAAUGAAGGCAUUGCUGCGGUAUUGCUCGCAGCUGGAGCCCAAGUCAAUGUACAGGAUAAAACUGGUAAAACGCCGCUCAUGAUGGCCGUAGCUGGCGGGUAUGGCAAUAUGGUCAUCCUACUGUUGAAGUGGGGAGCACAGGUUAACAUCAAAACUAGCAGAGAUGAGAUGGCUCUCUCUUUGGCCAUCUCGAAUGGACAUGUGGCUAUUGUUAAGCUGCUAUUGGAAAACGGGGCUGACGUUGGUUUGAAAAACUCCGAAGACCAAACACCACUAAUGUUGGCCAAGCGGAAUGGGCAGGCAGGUAUCAUUAAACUACUACAUGAAGCGGAAAAGACCAAGGUGAAUACGGCAUUGGGAUGUUGA